AAAUUAUUAAAAAAAGGACAACCAGAUCAGGGUUAUAAAUUAUUGGGAAAAAUCUAUUUUGAAAAAGCAAGCUUACAAGGAAGUAAUGAAGCAAAAGAUUUAUUAUCCGAAAUUAAGGAUUAA